GUUCCUCUUCCCGCUCGCCCAGCCAGCGAUCAGCCCACCCAGACCCGCUCUCCCCUCCAUCCCGCCCCGGCCCCCGACACCAUGGUCGCCCGCACUAUCCUCUACUACUCGUCUGUCCCGUCGACCCUCAAGCUGAAGAAGGACCAGGUCCGGGUUCAGGAUAUCUUGAAGGCGCGCAAGGUCGAAUUCGACAUGGUUGAUGUUUCGACCGAAGAGGACCAGAAGAACUACAUGAGAAUGAAGAGCGGCAAGAACAUUCUCCCUCAGAUCUUUGUCGAUGGCGAAUACAAAGGGACCACCGAGGAUCUGGAAGAGGCAAACGAGUGCGAGAACGUCGUUCAGUGGCUGGGGCUCGACCAGGAGCCGCUAGUGAUUUGAGCCCGGUCCGUCCCUCGACAUGUGCAAAACUUUUUGGCUCGUCGCCAGCGCUGUAUUUCUCGACACUAUAGAUUUGUUUGUCCCCUCCCCGCAAGCCUAGAAACGCCAUAGCGCCCAAUAAAAAAACCCAAAUGUGCUGGUCCAAAGACCGCUGCCUCUGCGUUGCGUCAUGACCGAGGAUCUGGCGUGUUUGUUGCCAGCGGGGUCGCCGU